AGGUAUAGAUGGUGCAGGAGCAGCUUGCUGCAUCCACAAGUCCAGUCCAGUGAGCUGCACUAGUCCUGAGAGCCACCAACUCAGAGAAGUAGUCCAGCCACUCCACAAACAUCCAGUCUGACUCCUGCAGCUGCAGCACACAGUACCCUCAACCUGUUACUAAAGAUUUAUUCUAUCAGCGAGUGACCACUUCGUGUUUCUGUGUCUGUGUUGUUGUGAGAUCAGAUCACAGCAGCUUGUUGCACCUGAGACUCAGAGUCGGCCACAGCAGAGAUGAUGAUGAUGAGGAUGCACCACUCACACACCUUUCUGGUCCUUCUCCUCAUGGUGUUCCUCACUGGGAUAGUUCUGUCUGGUCCCUCAACUCCCCACAGGAUUAGAGUGCGACGUCAGAACAUGAAAGUUCGCAUCAGCGUCACAGGAGAUACCAUCGUGAUGAAGUUCUUGCGUCCCAACGCUGACACCAAGCUUGAGGGCUACAUCCUGGGCUACGGCAGCAGCAUGUUCUCCAAACAGUUCAUUCAACUUCCUGAGAAUGGGCAGCCAUAUGAGACUGAGUUUGAUGCUGAGCCCAAGUACCUCAUUGCUGUUCAGCCCAUCCCAACCAAUGAGGUGAAAAAGCAGUGCACAGGUAAAGUGAACCUGGAGAAGCCGCUACACUUAGUCAUUGGGUCGGUGACACCCACUUCAGUCCUCUUAUCCUGGGGGACACUGCUGAAAACCCCUUAUGAAGGCAACAUCAUGAAUGAAUGUCUGGAGGAUGGACACUAUACAGUGCGUUAUCGUGAGAGGAACAGGAAAUGGAACUACCAGACCUGCCCAACGAGUGACACGGUUAUUGACAAUCUGAAGCCCAACACAGUGUAUGAGUUUGGUGUCCAGCCCAGCUCUAAGGACACUACUGGAACGUGGAGCAAGCCGGUCAUUCACAACAUUAGCAGGGGGGGCAUUGAGGAGAAGGCCAUCAGGAAAAUCUUUAAACGGCCUCUCACUCCUGUGAAACCUUUAACGCCAGGUCCAGACUCCUUCCCCUUUGCUUCUCGCCAUGUUUUCCAUAACAAGACCCAGGGCAGACUGCCCGUCUCACGGAACAUAGCCCCAAAGACAACUCUUGCUCCAACCACAACUACUAAACAGGAAUCUCUGUCGACCCCUGGACCCACACUGCCUGUGGUCACCAAACAGCCAAUCGACAACCCAGGAGGAGGAGGAGACCUCUCCAGAUCUGUCUUGCCUCCUUUCCUGGAAAUCCCAUUAGCUUCCAAGCUCCACCCUCCACCACACAUUACACCCACCAUGGCGUCUGUGCCUUUCCUCCAGACAAAUGCGGAUAAACAUGGAGGGCACCCUCUGAGUCAACCACGACAAAAGCCCCUCUCACAGCCUUUACCAAACCCGCAACUCCAACCCCAACAACCUCAACUAAAGCCCCAUGGGAAGGCUCAACCUCAACCAAAACCCUAUUCCCCAUCUCCCAAACUCCCAAAAUCACAACCCCAAUUAACAUCCCAGCCCAAACCCCAGACACAACCACAACCUGGACCAAGAUAUCAGCCCAUACUUAACACCCAACCACGACCCAAACCAAAAUCUCAGCCGAUACCCAAGUCCGAACCACAACCUCUACCUACAUCCGAUCCCGUACCCCAGACCCAUCCACAACCACAACCACCAUCCCAGCUCAUACCCCAGACUCAACCACAACCAAUAUCUCAGCCCAUACCCAAGAUCCAAUCAGAACCCAAACCAACAUCUGAGCCUGUACCCCAGACCCAACCACAACCCCAACCAACAUCCCAGCUCAUACCGCAGACUCAACCUCCAGCACGACCAAAAUUGCAGCGCAUACCCCAGACUAAACCGCCAGCACGACCAAGAUCGCAGCUCAUACCCCAGGCUCAAUCUCAACCACAACCCCAUCCACCAUCCCAGCCUGUACCCCAGACCAAACCAGAACCAACAUCCAAGCCUGUACCCCAGACCCAACCACAACCCCAACCAAAUUCCCAGCUCAUAGCCCAGAUUCAACCUCAAACCCAACCUCAAACAACACCUCAGCCCAUACCCCAAACCCUAAGUCAAACACAACCCCAAGCACCACCCCAGCCGAAACUCCACACCCAGCUUCAGUCACAAUCUCAGCCAAAGCCACAUCUCCAAUCCCAGCCUCAAACCACAACCCAGCUCCAGGCUGAUCCUCAGCCAACACCCCAGCCCAAACACCUGGCCCAGCAUCAAACACAAGCUCAACUAAAGACCCAGAUCCAGCUUCGAUCACAAAUUCAACCAACUCCUCAGUCCACACCUAUGGUACAUCAUCACACACCUCAAAUAACACCCCAGCCAAUACCUUAUACCCAGCAAGCACUGCCAAAAAUUCAUAUCCAGCCCCAACCUGAACCGCAAUCUCAUUCUACAGCUCAGCCACAAACCCAAACACGGCCUCAACAAAAGACCAACACACAGUAUCAGCUAAACAUCAAGCAGCAGCCUCAGGCUGAGCCAACAUCUAAACCAAAGAUAUUUUUUUCCCAACCCAAGCCUGAGACGCAGGCUCAACCCAAGGACCAAACCAAGCCCAAAACACAGCCUCAGCCAAAGGGCAAACCCAGGCCCCAAUCACCACCUCAGCCAAAAAUACAGCCAAAGCCUCAACCACCACAGCCAAAAAAGCAACCAAAAGCUCAACCACAACCUCAAUCAGAAAAGCAACAAAAGCCUCAACCAAAAAGGCAACCAAAACUUCAACCAAAGGCCCAAACCAGGGACCAACAACAAACCCAGCCAAAAACACAGACACAGCCCCAAUCACAGCCUCUAACAAAGAUCCAGACCCAACCCAUACCUCAUUCUCAACCCAGUCCACAACCACAUCCUCCUCCAAAGACCCAGACUCAAUCCCAGCCUGAACAUCUACCCAAGCCACACCCUGCAUCUAGGCCCCAACCACAACCUCAACCUGGGCUUCCAUUUCAGUCUCAGACCAGGACCUACUCUGAUCCCACCAAGGUCACCCCAAGGCAGACAGUUCCUACGGCUCCUAGUCCACCAGAAGAGGGCAAGCCUCUCCCAAGACCUGCCCUGGCUACAGAGAAAGCCGGUAGUAACAAUCAUGGUACUGGCAUCCUCAGAUCAUCCAUUGCUGAAGAUCCUCGUUCUCCCAUUAACUCAUCAGUUCCUGCAGCAGGAAGAAACACCACACGGGUUCCUACUCAUUCCACUCGUGUUGGUGUCAGACCAAUCUCUCCAUCCAAGACAUUCACCUCUUCUCACAGCUCCAGCACACCUGGGGCAGCCGAUGGGGCGCAUCAUAGGGGCAAUGCUCUUCCUAAACCUGUGGUGUGGUCCAAAGAAAAUCCUGUUCUGCGUCCCCCUAUUCCUGUCAACAAGAGACCCAACCUGGUGGGGAAACCCAGUGACCAUGAUAAACCCAUGGACCUGAAACAAGGAGAGAAGGAGGCCAUCUUGAAGCCAUUCCCUCUCGUCACAGCCAAGCCCAAGCAAGAGCGCAGACCGCCAACAACCACCUCUGUCCCAGCACUAAACAGCAGCCGUUUUGACAUAUAUGAAAACUCAUCCAUAUUCAGGCCCCUGCCAGCAUCAGAGGUAGACUUCAUGGGCAAGAAGCGGUUUGUAGCUCCCCAUGUGAUCUACAAGACUGAUAAGAGGCCAGAGGAGCCAUGCUCUAUCACCUCCUCCCUCGCUUAUUUCCCUGAUGAGGAGGGCAGUGAUCUGAAUAUAACCGGCCCUCCCCGUAUCCCACCCUCUAACGUCACUGUGGUUACUGUGGAGGGAUGCCCGUCUUUUGUCAUUCUUGACUGGCAGAAAACCGACAAUGAGACCAGAGAGUAUGAAGUUGUAUCCACCACAAAAGGACCACAUGGAGAGGAGGUGUCCAUACUGACGACCAACCAGACACACACGGCCGUGGAGAAUCUCAAACCGGAGAGCAGUUAUGAAUUCAAAGUAACGCCAAAGAAUGAGCUGGGAACAGGGCCCUCCAGUGAUCCUGUGUCUUUUAGCACCGAAUCAGCGGAUCCACGAGUGAGUGAACAUGUUUCAGGCAAAGAUGCCAUUUGGACUCAGUUCCCCUUUAAAGCAGACGCCUACUCUGAAUGCAGUGGAAAGCAGUAUGUGAAGAGAACCUGGUACCGAAAGUUUGUUGGGAUCCAGCUCUGCAACUCCCUCAGAUACAAGAUCUACCUGAGUGACUCGCUCAAUGGGAAGUUCUACAACAUUGGAGAUCAAACGGGGCAUGGUGAGGACCAUUGUCAGUUUGUAGACUCCUUCCUGGAUGGGCGGACUGGCAACCAGAUGUUUGCUGAUGAGCUACCAAGCAAGCUAGGAUUCUACAGAGCAAUGAGACAGGAACCGGUCAGCUUUGGAGAGAUUGGGGGAAAGUCACAUGUUACCUAUGUAGGCUGGUAUGAAUGUGGCACACCCAUACCUGGAAAGUGGUAAGACCCCACAGAGCUGUCCAGGAGGAUGACUUCUUAGGUGGUGAGGAAGAAGAAGACGCCUAUCUAGCCCUGAAGGGAAGUGGGCCUUUCUUUCAUGUUACCAUGGACACUGUAGAUGGGUCUGUCUGUUUGAACUCGGCUUACUCUCACGUGUGAACCUCUAGGACUAUUAGGUGUCGCAAAACUCUAUUGAGUGCAUUUGUAACAUUGGUCUCAAUUUCUCUAUUUAUCAAAAAUAUCACAACAGAGAAAAGAAUGCAGGAGUUUAAGUGAACCAAAGUGUUGAAUAUUCAGUAAUUACAGAGAAAAUGUUGGGAAGCUGGCUCCCAAAGUGUAAUGACGUGUAUGAUAUUAUUUAUCAAGGGUUUGUUAUUGAAUAUUCUGUGUGCUCAGGCUUUUGAAAUAAGUAAAAAUUGUUCCCAGUACUGGCAUGUCAGUGAGCACACACAUUGCUCAUUUGUAUACAGAAAGAUGCCAAUCAUACUUUCAUUGUACAUUUUGACUAUGUAAAAUACAAGUACACACAGACAUGCAGAGUCGAUUUUUGCUGGCCCUAAGGGAUUAUUAGCCGUUGCAGUUUGCACAGUAUUAAACUUUUAUUCAUAUAUGUAUAUGGUGUGAAAUACAGUAUAUAUACCAGUGAUCACAGAUAGUUUGAUACAUUACAGGUAAAAGAUAAAACAGUUUAAGCCAAAUUGUUGAUCUAUUGUAAGAAAACCCAAGUUUGAGCCCAGAGUUUCUAUGGGGUCACAUAGAAAAAAAAUAAUUUUGUAUUUUUCAUGCCCGUGCAGUCCUAUAUUUGAUAAAAGAAUGAAAUAUAUAUAUGUUUGUGUGUGUGUGUGCGUGCGUGCGUGUCUGUGUGUGUGUGUGUGUGUGUGUGUGUGUGUGUGUGUGUGUAAAAAUAGAAAUAAAUAAACUGAGCUUCAAUGUGGAAAUGACAUUAGCAAAUUACAUAAUUUAUGUUUUUGUGUUCAAACUUACUUCAAAGUGGUUUUUCCACAUCUGUCAUGACUGCAGUUGUUUUUGAUGCAUCAUGUAUGUUUCCAGCAAUAAAUCUUGUUUUUAUAUUUACUGA